AUGAAAUCAGGCGGCCUCGUGUCGUCGAUUCGCGUCUCCCGUCUGACCUUGAAAGCGGAACUGAAAAGCAUCCAAUCCAAGUUGAUUGCGCAGCUCCAUCAGCGCCUACAGGCAGGCGUCGGUCCUCCAACCCGGACCCUUUUGGCCAAAUGUAUUGCCAAGACAUAUUCCCUCGGCGAUAUCUACAGCGUCACGGCCACGAUGAACCUUUGCAAUGAUUUGCUUGAGUCGAAGGAAGACUCCGCCCAACAACUCAGCGUGAAAAUGGCAGCCCUCGGUGUGCUGGGCGCGCUAUACGAGAGCUUGGGACGUCUUGCGGGUGCCUCUUAUCAAGAUCUAUUCAAUAUUCUAACAAAAUGGCUUUCACGUGCAGAGUCCCAAGUACGUGCCGAAAUAAUGUCGAUGCUGGCAAAAAUGGUCAAAGUGAAGAAAUACGCAGAAGAUCGCGUUAUGGUUGUCCGGAUAGCCGCUGUCGAGCUUACGCCUCUUAUUGAUCGCUGUAUAAACCGAUUGGAGCACCUUCGCGGCUAUGCGGAUGCGCUUUCUGGCUAUUCGUUGGCCCUUGCUGCUCUGAUUGCGGGCAGCUCGAAUUGCAACCUUGGGAUUCCUAAUGGGAAAUAUUCACAGGCGUCAAGAUCACUGCGGCAUGAAGGGCGACUUCAAGAAGUUUUCCUCAUCUUCUGGUUGUGUUUUAAUAGCGGUAUCAAUUCGGGCGAUGUCGGCACGACCGCGGUCACUGGUUAUGCCCGCCUCAGCUCCGGAUCCGCGGCUUCUAUCGCUACGCCCCCAUCGCCACCACUAAUACGUAAUAGCGAUAUGAGUGCGCCGCCCCCUACGACUCCUCAAAAGCUGUUCGAUCAGCACGUGAAGAUUGUCGAGUCGUCGGAGAACGAUUCGGGCAACCCCACGAAGGCCAAUCCCCAGUUCCCGGAAGCUCUCCCGAAGGUCGAAACCGGCUGUGUCUACAUGAAAAAAUCGGCCACCGACACCCAGGCGAAGCUGUUCGCACUCCUGAAGGGCGGCAACGACACGAAGGCCAAACCGCAGCUGCCGCUAAAAAUGGACAACGGCACGGCUGCCACCACCACCCAGGCCAAGGCAGCGAAGAAGAUCCGCUACGAGACGCUGCGCCGGCAGCCCGGCUUCCGUCAGAAAGUCGCACAACAGAAGAUCUUGUACGGCUCUGAUUCGGAAGGAGAGCCCUCUGGCAAAUCGGUCAUCCGCACUGGAGCGGCCGCCACCGCCGAUACCCAAAGCACCCGUGCAGCCGUGGACGAUGAGGGUACCAGCACCACCCCUCCGUACGAGCCGCUGCAACAAGUCGUCGAGACGAUGGACCAUUUGGUAAUUGCCUUUAUCGAUUCAUUUAUGAGGAUUUGCACCACGCCGAAGAUUGACGAGACGGUCGUGGGCGAGACGCCGAAGAACUACCACGAGGAGCCGAUGCAGCAGGCCACCGUGAUCAAGGAAUUGACGUGCUUCACCCCGCCGACGAGCUACUCUCUCAACGUCAGUCUCAACCACGGGACUAACGUCGAACGCGUCGUCUCUCUGCAAGAGGACGAUUUGGGCAACGACACGAAGGCCAAGCCCGUUCUCCCGUCCGUUAUCCUCUACAAUUCGGACGGCACGGUUCAUGAUGAGCACCGGGAUGAGCCCAUGAGCAUCUCUGAGUACACCGACCAUCCGGCCACUCCGUUGUGCAAGAAGACGAUGAACGAAGAGCCCGAGCCG